AUGCCACGAAAGAAGAAACAAAAAGUUGGAGAUCUCAUAGAAGUCUUCCGCCCAGGAUAUCAGCACUGGGCCAUAUAUGUUGGAGAUGGCUAUGUCAUUCACCUUGCACCCCCAUCUGAGACGGCGGGUGCUGGCUCCAGCAGUUUGAUGUCAGUGCUGUAUGAUUCGGCACUUGUAAAGAAGGAGAGACUCUCAGAUGUGGUGGGGAAUGAUGUCUACAGAGUCAACAACCUCUUGGAUGAUGAGUAUGAGCCAAGAGACACCAAUCUGCUUCUCAAAAAAGCUCACAGUCUUGUAGGCCAAACGCUGCCUUUCAGCGUUUUCAGCAGGAACUGUGAGCACUUUGUCACAGACUUGAGAUAUGGGAAGUCAACGUCAAGCCAGGUAACAACAGCGGUUAUUGGUGGCCUAGCUGUUCUUGGAGUUGGUUUGCUGGCCCUAACAACAGGACUGUUUUCUAAAUCUGAAAAAAGAAGCAAAACAAAUUCUGUUCAUUUCUUUGACUGAUUAAAUGUGCUGUAAAACAUUUUAUAUGCCCAUGAAUGAAUGAAUAAAUACAGUCCAACAGAAAUGAAGGGCUAUGUGAAAUAAA